UCACUAGACAAGAAAACUAGAGACAAGGCUGUCCGAUCCUUGAGAACCUUCCUUUCAACUGGCCCUGAAUUGUCCCACACAGAUCUCCUCAAAUUGUGGAAGGGUCUCUUUUACUGCUUCUGGAUGUCCGACAAACCUUUGGUACAGCAGGCCUUGGCUAACGAUCUCGGAUCGCUUGUUCUCGAAAUGCCUGCAUCUAAUGCAAUUCCUUUCCUUUCUGCAUUCUGGGAAGUUCACUGCAAGGAAUGGUAUGGCUUGGACAGACUCAGACUCGAUAAGUUUUACUUGUUAUUCAGACGUGUGAUCUUUUUCUCUUUCAAAUUCCUUGCCAAGGAGGAUUGGGAUGAGGAAUUAGUAGCUGAUUAUACAAACAUGCUUUUGGAAGGUCCUCUUCAUCCUACAGAUCGUACCAAACCUGACUCUAUUAGAUACCACAUCAUGGACAUUUAUUUUGGAGAAUUAGUAAAGGUU